UUGGCCGGAGCGCGCCAGCUACCGCUCCAGGGCUCGGCGGACGCGGGUAAGUUGGCGGCGGAGAGCGGUUCCCUCCUGCACAAACGGUCUGCAGUUGCAGCCCAACUCCGUGCCCAUAACGUUUUUGCUGGGAGGAGAGGAAAUUUCACGGAAAUUCCGAGGAGAACAGGGCAUUUGACCAUGGCAGACAUUGCGGUUGAUGAGUGUGUGGAUAUCUGGGAAUCCCACAAUGCACAGAUGGUGGAACCUCUUUGCACCAACGACCCAGAGGUGUACGAGAUUAUUAAGAAGGAGAAGAGUCGCCAGAGGCUGGGGUUGGAACUCAUCGCCUCGGAAAACUUUGCGAGCCGAGCAGUGCUGGAGGCUCUGGGCUCUUGCUUGAAUAACAAAUAUUCAGAAGGUUACCCUGGCCAGAGAUAUUAUGGCGGCACAGAGUUUGUGGAUGAGAUGGAGCGACUGUGCCAGAAACGAGCAUUGGAUCUGUAUUCCCUCGAUCCAGAGAAAUGGGGGGUUAAUGUCCAGCCAUAUUCAGGCUCACCAGCAAACUUUGCCGUGUACACAGCUCUGGUAGAGCCACAUGGGAGGAUCAUGGGAUUGGACCUUCCUGAUGGUGGACAUCUGACACAUGGCUUCAUGACAGAGAAGAAGAAAAUCUCUGCCACCUCCAUCUUUUUCGAGUCCAUGCCAUACAAGGUAAACCCUGAGACCGGCUACAUUGACUAUGACCGACUAGCAGAAAACGCCUGUCUCUUCCACCCGAAACUCAUCAUUGCAGGUGUUAGUUGCUAUUCCCGGAAUCUGGAUUAUGCCAGGAUGCGGCAGAUUGCGGAUGAGAACAGUGCCUACCUGAUGGCGGACAUGGCACACAUCAGCGGCCUGGUGGCAGCCGGGGUAGUUCCGUCCCCCUUCGAGUACAGUGAUGUGGUCUCCACCACAACACACAAGACACUCCGUGGCUGCAGGUCUGGCAUGAUCUUCUAUCGAAAAGGAAUCCGCAGAGUCGACCCAAAGACAGGCAAGGAGGUUAUGUACAACUUGGAAGGUCCCAUCAACCAGGCAGUCUUCCCGGGGCUGCAAGGUGGACCACACAACCAUGCCAUCGCAGGGGUUGCUGUGGCACUCAAACAGGCAAUGACUGUGGAGUUCAAGGUCUACCAGAAGCAGGUUGUGUCUAACUGCAAGGCUCUUUCGACAGCGAUGAUGGACCUGGGAUACAAGGUUGUUACCGACGGUUCUGAUAAUCACCUAAUCCUGGUCGAUUUACGUAAACAAGGAACUGAUGGAGGCAGAGCUGAGAAGGUUCUGGAACUGUGCGCCAUUGCUUGCAACAAGAACACUUGUCCAGGUGACAAGAGUGCCUUGCGUCCCAGCGGCUUGCGGCUGGGGACACCGGCCCUCACCUCCCGGGACCUGCGGGAGAACGACUUCAAGAAAGUGGCUGCUUUCAUUCACAGAGGGAUUGAGAUAACAUUGGAGAUCCAGAGGGACAUCGGGGCAAAAGCUCCCCUCAAAGAAUUCAAGGAGAAAAUGCUGACCGACAAGAACUAUCAAAACAAGAUCACUCAGUUGAGGGAGGCUGUGGAGACAUUUGCAUCCAAGUUCCCAAUUCCUGGAUUGCCAGAUCUCUAAGUGGAGAGUCCAGUGUGGAAGCACCCAAAUGUAAAAACAGAGAUCAAAACAUAAAUUGCAAGCAGUGCCACUGAUAACUGAAUAAAUUAAAUCAUUUUCUUAGUAAUCGGUUCUUCAGGAUUUCUACAGAUUUUUCCAUCCAUAGUGAUCAGUAAUUUUGACGCAUACUCGUUAAAAAUUAACGCAGUUUAUUAUUGUUAGUGCAAAAAAAAUGACUAAAGGCUUAAUAUUACAUUGAUCAGUAGGGCAUCAUUAAUUGCACAAGUGUCAAUAGGAAUGAAACUUAUCAAUUUCAACGGCCAUCCACAGUGAAACUGACAAACUGUUCUGAAUAGAAAAUGGUGGCAGAUUACUGUGGGGAGGUU